AUGUGCAUACUAAAGGGUUGUGAUGAGGACUUGAAGUUUUUGGAAGAUGGAAAAGAGGGGAAAUCGAAUGUGAUGGGGUCUAGGGGCAUGAUGUUGCUGUGGAUUUUAAGGGGAAUAAUGACACUGUUGCUGUGGACUUGUGUUUUGAGGUUGCUAACGAUGGGUGAAGUGUGGGGACCUAGAUUGUUGAAGAGUUGGCCUUCUUGUUUUACUACUCCUGAUAUGUUUCCUGAGGUUAACAUGUCUUCUGUUCCACCCAAAGUUCUUCCUCCAAAAAGGGUCUAUAAAAACAAUGGUUACCUUAUGGUUUCUUGCAAUGGAGGACUCAACCAAAUGCGAGCAGCAAUCUGUGACAUGGUAGCCAUUGCCAGAUACCUGAAUGUCACGCUUAUUGUUCCAGAAUUGGAUAAAACCUCAUUUUGGGCUGAUACAAGUGAGUUUAAUGACAUAUUUGAUGUUGAUCAUUUCAUUGCAUCCUUGAGGGAUGAAGUUCGUAUAUUGAAAGAGCUGCCGCCGAGGCUCAAGAGAAGAGUUGAGUUGGGAAGGUUCUACUCAUUGCCACCCAUUAGUUGGUCUGACAUUUCCUAUUAUAGUCAUCAGAUUCUUCCUCUGAUACAAAAGUAUAAAGUUGUACAUUUGAAUAAAACCGAUGCUCGACUGGCUAAUAAUGGGCUGCCUUUAGAGAUCCAGAAGUUGCGUUGUAAAGUAAAUUAUAGUGCUCUGAGAUUCACUUCCCAGAUAGAGGAAUUGGGUAGAAAAGUCGUCAGGAUUCUGAAGCAAAGUGGCCCUUUCCUGGUCCUCCAUCUCAGAUAUGAGAUGGAUAUGUUGGCUUUCUCUGGUUGCACUCAAGGCUGCAACAGUGCAGAGGUGGAGGAAUUGACAAAAAUGAGAUAUGCUUACCCUUGGUGGAAGGAAAAAGUCAUAGAUUCUGAUCUCAAAAGGAAAGAAGGUUUGUGUCCCUUGAACCCUGAAGAAACUGCUGUAAUACUAAGUGCACUGGGUAUUGAUCGCAACAUUCAAAUCUAUAUUGCUGCUGGUGAAAUAUAUGGGGGAGGAAGAAGAAUGGCAAGUUUGGUGGCUGCAUUCCCAAAUUUGGUCAGAAAGGAGACAUUGCUGGAGCCCUCAGAUUUAAGGUUCUUUGAAAACCAUUCAUCCCAGAUGGCUGCACUGGAUUAUCUUGUGUCCUUGGAGAGUGAUAUAUUUGUUCCUACAUAUUAUGGAAACAUGGCUAAAGUUGUUGAAGGCCAUCGGAGGUAUUUAGGAUUCAAGAAGACUUUUCAAUUGGACAGAAAGUUUCUAGUUGAUGCGAUCGACCAGUACCAUGAUCAUUUGUUGAGCUGGGAUGAGUUUUCCUCCAUCGUGAAGGUAGCUCAUGCUGAUCGUUUGGGGAGCCCAAAAAACCGAGUUGUGAUUUUGGAUAGACCAAAAGAAGAAGAUUACUUCUAUGCCAACCCGCAGGAGUGCUUGCCAGCGUUGGAUGAAUCAUUGAGAAUUACAUGA